AUUGAUGGCAGCUUUGGAGGCUCCUUGGCGUCAUAUUAGGAUAAACAAGACUUUGUUUAGGGCAGACAGAGAUAGUUUUCCUCUCUGCCUUGGAGUCUAUUAAGUGAUCAUUCAUGUCCACCAGUGAAGCCACUUAUACGUUCUAAACAUCCCCACACCGUCCGGCGACCCUCUCCGAGAUGACAUCCAUCUUGCACACUAACACAGGCAACGCCGCGAGGACAUUGUCCAGCUUACGGUUCACCUCGAGUAACGUCCCAGUCUAUGAGGUCAACGCACAGGCGGCACAUUCCGUGGGUGCGGGUCGCACUCCAAUCGCUCCCGUCUUCCCAAAUUUCCAGAAAACCAGAUAUCCUCCCAAUCCAAUCAGAAGAAAUCCAGUGAUCAUCAGACCGAAUAUCCACAAAUCUUCCACGUCCUCGAUGGACAACUGAGAGAGGCACACGAUUCGCCAGACCUCCCAAGAAUCGAGUGCAUAUCCCGCUGCGAAUGUCCCUUGAGGACAGGUGGGAGCCCCCUUCUCUGUUCUCAUCGUAGAAAAAAAAUAUUAUCAUUCGCGUUGAAUGACCAGUUAAUUAAGUCCAUUUUCCAAAAAGAAGUAGUGAUUUCAGGAGAAAUGCAGAGAAGUGCUCUGUAGGCAGACAGGACAGAGAGCCUUGGGAAAAGCAGAUAAGGGAGCUGAAGAAAAGCGUCUGUGCUCUCUGAGAGCUGUGUAGAAGGUACUAAAAUAAUGAAUAUCAUUGGGUUUUAGUGAUAACCAGUUGUGUAUCUGCAACCAGAUACUGGCUCAGUGGUAGUGUCCGCCCUGAGACUGGGAGAUCAGAGUUUGAUUCCUGGUCGGGUCAUACCAGAGACUGAGAAAAUGGGACCCAAUGUCUCCCUGCUUGACACUCAGCAUCAAAGAUUGGAUUGAGAGGUUAAACAACCAAAUGGUUCCAGAAUGUGGCUGUGUCUGCAGCUCACCGCUCCCCCAGGGGGGUCAAAUGCGAACAAAUUUCGCACACACAUCAGUGUGUGUGACAACUGAUGGGACUUUGACUUUAAGAACUUAGCUGAUACAGGACAUGAAAACAUGCUGCAGUGUUUCACCGACUGAAUCACUGAAAGGGCACAGACCCAACUCCAAUUUAAAUCUUUCCUUCAAGAAUUCUGCAACAGGGUUAAUUAUUUUGAAUUGUGUUUCUUGGUGCAGCUGGCCACUUUACAUAUUUAGAUAAUCCUUUUUAUGUAGAAUUGGUCACUAAAAGCUUGGAAACAUCAUUCCUGAAUGAUUAUCAUGAAAAUAAUAGAUUUAAAUGUUGCAUUAAUAACCUUGUUAACAAAAUUUUCAUCCAGUAAAUUACAAUCUGCUGUUUUUAGGUUAGGCAGCACUGUUUCAACAACUGAAAACAACACUGUGUUGUAAAUUAGCUGCUUUAAAGCCACAGGAAUAGUCUUACGAACCUGCUGGUGUUCCCUUUGGGUACAACCUAAGUUAUAAUUCUUAAUAAAAGGCACUAAUUCUAACAAUUUCCUUCAGGGGUACAAACAGUACAGUCUUUCAAAUCAAUUUCUGAUAAAUAGGGAUUUGCUGUAAACUGUUAUCACUAUAUUGUUCCAUAAGGAUAUGGGGAGAGAAAUUAUGGGUAAAACACAUUUUUCAAAAGGAAAGAUUCUGCCAGGAAGCAGUUUUACAGGAAUUUUACUAAUCUCAAAAUCUCAUUUUAAUUAAAAAAAAUCAAUCCAUCCUAAUUUCUUAAACACACAUCUACGUAGUCAGAACAGAAGUAGAUUUCUUCUCAGGGUCCUCCAAGCCACACAGUGGCGCUGACGCACCGCGGCUGCACGAGUCUUCACGGUUAUAAUGCUUUCCGUCGGAGCUGUUAGACGGUGACACCGAGAGGACACUUCCGGCAGCGGUGAUUGUGAGAGUCCAGAAAGUCGCGAGGAAGAUGAGCAGCAAACAGGUGACCUGCAGGUAUUUCAUCCAUGGAGUGUGCAGAGAGGGCAGCCGCUGUAUGUUCUCUCAUGACCCGAACAACAGUAAACCAUCAACCAUCUGCAAGUUCUACCAGAGAGGAGUGUGUGCCUACGGAGAGCGCUGCAGGUAUGAUCACAUAAAACCCACACCCAGAGGAGGAGGGGGUGCACCUUCAGAGGACCUGGCAGGUGGAGGCAGAGGUGAAGCCAAGAGGACAUUGGUUCUGAGGGACAGAGCUCUGGGUGGUGAUGCUGCGUUUGGCGGCCCAGUACACAGUCUGGACUCAGGCUUCUCUGCAGCAGCAGCCCCACAGACGUAUGUGGACGCCAUCAGAACUGGACUGGAUGUCUUGGCACUAGAACAAGAAUCCCAUCCAGUAGGCGGGGCUUACCACAAUGUCCCCCAGCUGUGUCCCUACGCUGCCGCUGGACACUGUCACUUUGAGGACAGAUGCACAUAUCUCCAUGGCAACCUGUGUGAUGUAUGCGGCCUGCAAGUGCUCCACCCCUAUGAUGCUGAGCAGAGGAGAGCGCAUGAGAAGAUGUGCAUGCUGGCAUUUGAGGCUGAUAUGGAGAAGGCCUUUGCAGCUCAGCUCAGCCAGGAUAAGGUGUGUUCCAUCUGCAUGGAGGUGGUGGUUCAGAAGUCGAAUCCGUCAGAGCGAAGGUUUGGCAUCCUUUCCUCCUGCUGCCACACCUUCUGUCUCACCUGCAUCCGACAGUGGCGAGGAACCAGAACCUUCUGCAACAAGAUCAUCAAAUCGUGUCCGGAGUGUCGGGUCGCCUCGGAGUUCGUCAUUCCCUCUGUGUACUGGGUGGAGGAUCAGGCAGAGAAGGACAACCUGAUCGAACUCUUCAAGUCAGGUGUCAGUAAGAAGGCCUGUAAGUACUUUGAUCAGGGUCGUGGCUCGUGUCCUUUUGGAGGGAAGUGCUUGUAUCUUCACACCUUCCCAGACGGCACGCGAGCAGAACCGGACCGGCCUCGGAAGCAGCUGAGCUCAGAGGGGAACGUCCGGUUCAUGAACAACGUUCAUUUGUGGGAUUUCAUCGAGGAGCGUGAACAGCGAUCAGAACCGCCCCUUCCGUCCCUGGAUGAUGACCUCACAGAGCUGCGGGAACUCUUCAUGCAGAUGUCGGGUCCAAGCCAGGAAGAGUCAGAGGCUCCGCCCACUGUAGACUAGUGAAGAUGUUCCUCCCUUAGUACCUGCUGUCUCCGUGGUAACCUGUGGCUCAGCUGGAUCAGAUCACCAUAUUCGCUCACAUUGAAUCGUUUGACCUCUCUGUAACCUCCUGCAUUUGUUUCUGCCGGUUUAAUUAAGGAAAUUAAAGAGUAUUUAUUGUGUUUAAAAGGAAAAUUGGGAACUGUAAAUGAAUUUUAGCAUCUAGUUGAAACUAAUCUCACACCUGAGUGUUUGAUUCUCACGCGGAUGUUAAAUGAUCACAACAUCAGGAGAACCAAAGCUGUCUGCAGAUCAAAAGUGUAAACGUGCUGAAAUAAAAAGUUUGUGUUUGA